UAAAACACAUAUAUAACUAGUAACAUUUUCGUACUAAAUACACUUCACCACCAUGUCGACCAAACUGGUUCUUUUCCUCCUCGCGACCUUCCUAUCCAGCGCGAAACUCCAGUUUCCCGAACGCCACCGCCGCCGUUUUUCCCGCUUAUCGAGUGCGAAAGCCACCGGAGACUGCGUCUUCGGGCUCUGCGAACACGCCCCCAACUAUCCCGAGAACGUUAUCAGGAGGAUCAUCCGGAAGAACUCCGAUUUGCACACCUACUUCGGGAACAUCAUCGAACCCGCCAAUCCGGUGUCGGUCUCGGACAGAUUUUCAGGGGCGGACUACGAGCCCUUUUGCAAAACUGUGGAUCUGACGGUGCUCCCGAAGUUCAUGAAGGACGUGGACAACCAGGAACGGGCCAUAGCCAACGUCGAUGGGUAUCGUCAAGUCGUGAAGUUUCAAACCUGCGAUUUCAGCCAAGGGGAGCGGUGUUUCGCUGGAAGCGCGCUGGAUCAUGAAACGAAAUGUGUGCAGAAGUUUCACGUUAUUAAACUUUUGACGGUGAAUACGGGGAAUGAUACUCUGGAGUAUCGGGAUUUUAAAGUGCCGACUACUUGUGUCUGCACGUAUGUUCAGGAUGACGAGUAAUUUUUUAUUUCUGCGAGGACUUCCAAGUUUUAAAUAUUGUGUUAAUCUUGUAGAAUAGUUAGCAUAAAUGAAAUAAAAAAUUGUGUUUCUGUA